AUGGUCGUCCUCAAGAGCUUCGUGCUCGGCGCUCUGGCAGCUACCGUUGCCGCCAAGUCUGCUGUGCUUGACCUCAUUCCCUCCAACUUUGACGAUGUCGUCCUCAAGUCUGGCAAGCCCACUCUCGUCGAGUUCUUUGCUCCCUGGUGCGGCCACUGCAAGAACCUUGCUCCCAUCUACGAGGAGCUCGCCACCGCCUUCGAGUCCUCCAAGGAUGUUCAGAUUGCCAAGGUGGACGCCGACGCCGAGAGAGACCUAGGCAAGAGGUUCGGGAUUCAGGGAUUCCCUACUCUCAAGUGGUUCGACGGCAAGAGCGACCAGCCUACCGACUAUAAGGGAGGUCGUGAUCUUGAGGCCCUGAGCACCUUCAUCACGGAGAAGACCAGUGUCAAGCCCAAGAAGAAGUACACCCCGCCCAGCGCCGUUAACAUGCUCACCGACGAGUCCUUCAAGACCACCAUUGGCGGCGACAAGGACGUUCUCAUUGCCUUCACUGCUCCUUGGUGCGGACACUGCAAGACCCUCGCCCCCAUCUGGGAGACUGUCGCCCAGGACUUCGUUCUCGACGAGGGCGUCGUGAUCGCCAAGGUUGAUGCUGAGGCCGAGAACAGCAAGGGAACUGCCGCUGCCCAGGGUGUUUCUUCCUACCCCACCAUCAAGUUCUUCCCCAAGGGCUCCAAGGAGGGCGAGCUCUACACCGGCGGCCGCAGCGAGGAGGACUUUGUCAACUUCAUCAACGAGAAGGCCGGCACCAACCGCAGCCCCGGUGGCGCUCUUAACGCCAUCGCCGGUACCAUUGCUUCCCUUGACGAGAUCGUCGCCAAGUACACUGGUGGCACCAGCCUGGCCGACGCUGCCGCUGAGGCCAAGAAGCAGGCCGAGACCCUCAAGGAGAAGGCCCAGUACAAGUACGCCGAGUACUACGUCCGCGUCUUUGACAAGCUCAGCAAGAGCGACGGCUAUGCCCAGAAGGAGCUUAAGCGCCUCGACGGCAUCCUCUCCAAGGGUGGACUCGCCCCUGCCAAGCGUGACGAGAUCACCAGCAAGACCAACAUUCUCCGCAAGUUCCUGGAGAAGGUCACCGGUGAGAAGGAGGAGUUGUAG